GCAGAUUGUGUGUGUAUCCUCUAUAUGUUAUGCAUCCUUUAUCUUCAAACAUCUGAUAAACCCAAGAAUGGAAACUAACAUGGUUUCAAAAGCCAAAAGACUUCACUUUAUCUUGAUCCCUCUCAUGGCUCAAGGGCAUCUAAUCCCCAUGGUUGAUAUCUCCAAGAUUCUUGCGAAACAAGGCAACAUCGUCACCAUAGUUUCAACUCCUCAAAAUGCUUCAAGAUUUGCGAAGACAGUUCAACGCGCAAAUUCAGAGUCAGGUCUCCAAAUCAACGUGGUGACAUUCCCAAUUGCCUACAAAGAAUUUGGUCUUCCCGAAAAUUGUGAGACUCUCGACACUUUGCCCUCCAAAGCCCUCUUAAGGAAGUUCUACGACGCUGUGGACAAGAUCCAGGAGCCCCUGGAGAGGUUCCUUGAGCGACAAGAAACCCCUCCGAGUUGCAUAAUCUCUGACAAAUGCCUUUUCUGGACGUCCAAAACCGCUAAAAGGUUCAAGAUCCCAAGGAUUGUGUUCCACGGAAUGUGUUGUUUCUCUCUUUUAAGCUCACACAACGUACAUCUUCAUAGCCCGCACCUCUCGGUUUCUUCAGACUCAGAGCCUUUCUCUAUACCAGAAAUGCCACAUAAGGUCGAGAUAGCAGGAUCUCAGUUACCAGGUGCGUUCAGGAAAUUAGAAAAUAUGGAUGACGUUCGCGAGAAGAUGCGCGAAUCUGAAUCUGAAGCCUUUGGGGUUAUUGUUAAUAGCUUCCAGGAAUUGGAACCUGGCUAUGCAGAGGCUUAUGCUAAGGCCAUCAAGAAAAAGGUAUGGUUCGUUGGACCCGUUUCUUUAUGCAAUGAUCGUAUGGACUUAUUCGAUAGAGGAAACAAUUGUAACAUUGCUAUUAGUGAGACUCAAUGCUUGAAGUUUUUAGAUUCGAUGAGACCAAGGUCUGUCUUAUAUGUUUGUCUAGGUAGCCUCUGUCGACUAAUACCUAAUCAACUGAUAGAACUGGGGUUAGGUUUAGAAGAAUCAGGAAAGCCCUUUAUUUGGGUGAUCAAGACCGAGGAAAAACACAUGAAUGUGCUAAAUGAAUGGCUAAAACGUGAAAUGUUCGAAGAGAGGAUUAGAGGUAGAGGGAUAGUGAUAAAGAGUUGGAGUCCUCAGGCUAUGAUACUAUCACAUGGCUCGACCGGAGGAUUCUUGACUCAUUGCGGUUGGAACUCAGUGAUCGAAGGGGUAUCUUUUGGUGUACCAAUGAUCACAUGGCCGAUGUUCGCUGAACAGUUUCUCAAUGAGAAACUGGUAGUGGAGGUGUUGAAGGUUGGGGUUAGGGUUGGGGUGGAGAUUCCGGUGAGAUGGGGAGACGAGGAAAGAGUUGGAGUGUUGGUCAAGAAACAUAGUGUUGUGAAAGCUACAAAGCUUUUGAUGGAGGAAGAUGGAAAUGAAAGUGGUGAGUUCUUGAGAAGAAGGACACGCGUUCAAGAACUUGCAGUAAAUGCGAGAGGUGCUGUGGAAAUGAAAGGAUCUUCGAGUACUAACGUUAUAUUAUUUAUCCAAGAUAUCUUAGAGAAAUUGAGUGUCGAAUAGACAAGUCAGGUAGUGUAUGCUAAUGUAAAAGACAAUGUUAAAAACUCGUUUUUAAACAAUGAAAAAAAUGCA